AUGGAAGGCUAUUCAACACAAGAAGAAGAGUCUUACGACUCCAGCUCCUUUGAGUCCGAGAAAGAAGAUACAAACCAAAGUUGGUUUGAUGAGGAGGAUGAAUAUGAUGCAACACCAUGGCCUCAUGGAGAUUACUCAAGGUCAGAUUAUAGUGACGAAGUUGAUGAGGAUGAACCUGAACAAAAGCCACCAGACCACUCCCUAGAUGCUAUUAAUUACCAAGGUUGUAAUGAAGAGGAGGCAUAUUAUGAGGAGACUGAUUCUCAGUCCAGUCAAGAACAAGAAGAGCUACAUCAUGAGGAAGAAGAGAGACUAUGGUGUGAGAUACCUUACUCUGACCAUGAGGAAGAUCACCAAGGAGAAACUGAAUCCCAAUUCAGUUUAGAAGAGUUUGAAGCAAGUUUUGGUGAUAGAUCAAAACUUGAAGAAGAGUUUGAUGAAGAGAAUGAAGCCGUAAGUUAG